AUGGAUCCUGGAGGUAGUAGUACUCACGCUAGCGGUGAUGAUGGUACAGGGCCUUCUAGCAUGGGCGGCGGGGAUUCAGAUGUUAUUUUGUGCAGCAUAGCUCAGCAGGUUAAUACUGAGAUUGCACAAAGCUCCAGGGAGCAGGGAGGCCCAUCUGCAAGACAGGGUUGUAUGAUAGAAAAGUUCACGAAGAUGAACCCUCCAGCGUUUUCAAGAGGAGCUGAUCCUACAAUUGCCGAGAACUGGAUGCAGGAGAUUGAGAAGGUAUUAACGGUGCUCCAUUGCAUUAAUGAGCAGAGGGUCCUCUAUGCUACAUACAAGUUCAUAGGCGAGGUCGAGAGAUGGUGGGUUGCUACAAAAUUAUUUGAGGAGCAGAGAUCCAUACUAGUGGCUAUGACGUGGGGUCGAUUCAAGGAGGCAUUUUUCGAUAGAUAUUUUCCCGCCACUGUCAGAGAGGUUAAGGUGGUAGAAUUUAUGAAUUUGACUCAGGGAAAUCUCACGAUUCAGUAG